GAGGUUUGAUUGCAGCAGUCUCACAAAUCACGAUUAUACUCAGGAAAAGAGGAAAAGGGUGAGAGCGCGUAUUGGUUGCGCUCUCAAUCGUUAACAUCUCCUACCGAGAGUCGGCGGCUGACAACAACCCACAAAUUAAGAUGCCGACUCUUACUAAGCUCUAUACGAUUCAAGAGGCUUCCCAACACAACACCAGAGACGAUUGCUGGAUCGUUGUCAAUAACAAGGUGUAUGAUGUCACUUCAUAUUUGGAAGAGCAUCCUGGAGGAGAUGAUGUAGUCCUUGCUUCAACUGCCAAAGAUGCGACCGAUGAUUUUGAAGAUGCGGGGCAUAGUAAAAGUGCAAGGGAGCUCCUGGAGACCUUUUGCAUAGGUGAGCUUGACACAUCUGCUCCAGCCAUUCCAGAACAGGAAGUUUCAUCCCAGAAGCAAUAUGCUGAAAAAGUCAUGAACUUAACCAAAGUAUACUGGGCUGUUCCUGUAGCUGUUGUUGGCAUCUCAGUGGUGGUGGGCAUCUUGUACAUGCGCAGAAAGUGAAGCAAUGCAAUAGCAAUAUUUUCCUCUGUUGGUUGCUAAAAAGGGAUUGUUGUCACAAUUUUUGAAUAAUUAGGAAAUUGGUUGAGAGAACUGGCCCAUUGUUUGUGUAAUUUACAGAGAUUUGAUUAGACAAUAAAUAAGCAUUACUAUGUUAAGGAUGUAA